AUGGAAGACUUCCCUGAUAUGACGUCUUUAGAUGAAGAUCAGUAUUAUAAAGAAGAAGAUGAACACACAAAUAUGGAUAGUUCAGAUAUACAUAAAGAAGGAGAAAACUAUAUAGAAAAUACUCCUGCUAACGAGAAAACCGGCAAUUAUUAUAAAGAUAUAAAACAAUAUGUGUUCACCACACAGAAUUCAAAUGGCACUGAGUCUGAGAUAUCUGUUAGAGCAACAACCGAUCUGAAGUUUGCCCUAAAGAACUAUAAAAUUGUCAAUGCAACUCCACCUGAAAAACCUGCCGAAGAAGAAAGAACUACAGAACCCUAUCAUAAAACAGUGCAAAAAACAACCCCAAAUGUGCCUGCAUUUUGGACAAUGUUAGCUAAAGCUAUAAGUGGAACAACGGUGAGCAUGGACGAUAAAGAUCAAUUAUUGCAACCAAUUCCAAGCUCUGAUCUGAAUGCUACCAAUGAAGACAAACUGUCAGAGCUAGAGGAAAUCAAGCUCAAACUGAUGCUAGGCAUCUCGCUGAUGACACUCGUCAUCCUAAUCCCCCUCCUGAUAUUCUGUUUUGCCGCACUGUGCAAACUGAGUCAAAUGAGUAAGAAAAAUUCUGAGAGUCAGUACUCCGUAAACCCAGAGCUGGCAACUCUAUCUUACUUCCAUCCAUCAGAAGGCGUGUCAGAUACAUCUUUUUCUAAAAGUGCAGACAGCAGCACAUUUUGGGGCACCAGUUCUUCAGAUUUGAGAAAACCAGGCCCAAACCCCAAAUCUAGAAAUAUGAUGGAAAUGUCAGCAGACUCAGAUGAUAUAGGCUUACUUGAGGAGUCAUACUUACUAAACAGUGAGGAAGUCAACACUGAUGAAUAG